AACACAUGCGCUAGCAGCUUGAGCCUUAAGGAGGCGCAGAUCAUUAUUUCAAUUGUAACUAAGCAACAAUGUCCUCAGUUGAGUUUUUGAGAGAGUUUGUCAAUGAGAGACUCUCUGCUGCUGCUCAAGAAAUAUUCGGAGUAUUAAAAAAAACUAUUGUUGAGUACGAGGAAGAGGUCGACCGUCAGCGCAGACUGCUGGAUAUCGUUUGGAAACCUGCAAUAAAGCUACACAGGAUAGAGCUCCCAAAGCAACAUGUCUGUGAGGAGGAGGAGGUUCUCUCUGACCAGCAGCUCUGUGUUCAGGAGAGGAACUCCAGUCUGGACCAAGAGGACCCAGAGCCUCCACAGGUUAAAGAGGAACAGGAGGAACCCUGCACCAGUCAGGAGGGAGAGCAGCUUGAACUGAAGCAGGAGACUGAGACCUUUAUGUUGACUCCUAGUGAUGAGGAAAGUGACCACAAUAAAGAUCAGAUUCUGAACUGCAACCCUGAUGACACAGUCAAUUCACCAGUUAUAAGGUCUGUGGUAUCCGUACCAAAAAGUGAGCUCCAGCACCUCUCUAACAUUUAUCAUAAAGCUGAGAGCCAAGAUCACAAACAAGGCAAGAAUGGAGUAAAGAAAAUCAUUUACAAAAGCAACAGUCACACUAAGAGUCAAUCUAACCCCAGUAUGUCAAAGAUUCACAGUAACACUCACACAGAUAACACGUUUUUUCAAUGUGACACGUGUGAGAAAGCUUUUCAGUAUAAGUCACAUUUGCAGAGACACCUGAUCAUCCACACAGGUGAAAAACCCUUUACAUGCGACAUCUGUGGGAAGAGAUUCAGUCGGACAACAACAUUGACCGAGCAUAUGAGAAUACACACAGGGGAGAAGCCAUAUUCAUGUAAAACGUGUGGAAGAGAGUUCAGACACAAUAAUGGCUUGUUGGGCCACAUGAGAAGAGCUCACACUCAAAAGCCGUUUUCUUGCAAAACAUGUGGGAAAGGUUUUAAAUGGAGUAGCUGCUUAGCGCUCCACAUGAAAUCUCACUCGGAUGGCAAGCCGUAUACUUGCAACAUCUGUGGGAAAAUAUUCAGCCUAAAAUCAUCAUUAAACGUUCACUUAGGCAUCCACACAGGUGAGAAGCCGUAUUCUUGCAAAAUAUGUGGGAGAGAUUUCAGACUUGAUUAUCCCAUGAGAGUCCACAUGAGAACCCACACAGGUGAAAGGCCGCAUUCUUGCAAAACAUGUGGGAAAAGCUUCAGUCGGACUUCGCAGUUGAAGGCCCAUAUGAGAAUUCAUACGGGUGAGAAGCCAUAUUCUUGCAAAAUAUGUGGAAAAAAUUUCAGAUAUGAUAGUGGCUUGGUGGUCCACAGGAGAAGAGCCCACAAUGGUCAGAAAGAGUUUGUGAACGAGAGACUCUCUGCUGCUGCAGAAGAAAUAUUUGGUGUUUUUGAAAAAGCGAUUGUUGAAUAUGAGAAAGAGAUCGACCGACAGCGCAGACUGCUGGAUGUCGUUUGGAAACCUGACAUAAAGCUACACAGGAUAGCAACCAUGUCUUCAGUGGAGUAUUUGAGAGAGCUUAUCAAUGAGAGACUAUCUGCUGCUGCUGAGGAAAUAUUCGGUAUUUUUGAAAAAACUAUCUUCCAGUAUGAGGAAGAGGUCGACCGUCAGCGCAAACUGUUGAAUAUCGUUUGGAAACCGGAAGUAAAGUUACACAGAAUAGAGCUCCCAAAGCAACAUGUCUGUAAGGAGGAGGAGGUUCUCUCUGACCAGCAGCUCUGUGUUCAGGAGAGGAACUCCAGUCUGGACCAAGAGGACCCAGAGCCUCCACAGAUUAAAGAGGAACAGGAGGAACCCUGCACCAGUCAGGAGGGAGAGCAGCCUGAACUGAAGCAGGAUACUUUGACGUUAAUGUUGACUCCUAUUUCUAAGGAAAAGGACCACAGUGAACCAGAACCAACAAGUGACCACCAGCUCCUCUCCCACAACUCUCAUGUUGUUGAGAGCCAAGAUCAGAAAGGAGGCGAGCAUGAAUACACAGGAUCAACUACAGAUACAGAGCCAGAACCAAAGAAAACACGAAGCAAAAGCAAAAGUCACAAUAACAAUGUUAACAACACUGACGUCUUAAAGAGUGACCAUAUCACUCACGCAGGUAAACAGUUUAACAAAUGUGACACAUGUGGAAAAGAGUUUAAGUAUAAGUCAGAAUUGCAGAGACACAUGGGCGUCCACACAGGUGAGAAGCCCUAUUCGUGCAAAACCUGCGGCAAAGAUUUCAGUCGUAGCACCGCCAUGAAAGUUCACAUGAGAAUCCACACAGGUGAGAAGCCCUAUUUGUGCAAAACAUGUGGGAAAAGAUUCCGCGAGACAUCCAUAUUUAGGGGUCAUAUAAGAACCCACACGGGUGAGAGGCCACAUUCUUGCAAAACAUGUGGGAAACGAUUCAAUCAUUUAUCGUCACUGAAGAUUCAUAUAAGAACCCACACAGGUGAGAAGCCAUAUUCUUGUAAAACAUGUGGGAAAGGCUUCAAAUGUAGCAGUGACUUGAAAAUCCAUAUUAGAACCCACACUGGUGAGAAACCGCACCUUUGCAAGACCUGCGGGAAAAGAUUCUGUGAUAGGUCACCAUUGAUAAGGCACAUGAGAAUCCACACAGGUGAGAAGCCACAUUCCUGCGAAACAUGUGGGAAAAAAUUCAUCCGAGUAACGUCAUUGAAGACUCACAUGAGAUCUCACGCAGCUGAGGAGCCAUAUUCUUGCAAAACUUGUGGAAAAGAUUUCAGAAAAAAAUCUGGCUUGUUGGCUCACAUGAGAAGAGCCCACAUCGGUGAGAAGCAGUGACUUUGCAAUACACACAGGAGAAACCAUUAAGCAGAAACUGAGGGACACUCAUGCAGUAGCUUCAUCUCUGUAACUGAAUGAAAAUUAUUUUUGACAAAGAUGAUGAGGCAAUAUCUUCUUGUAUUCUCUUCAUAUGAAUGUUUUACUUUUAUUUCUCGGAAACAAUCGUAAUCUUCCAAAUCAAAAAAGGGAGUGUACAGUCGUGGCUUUUUAAUAGUGUGAUCUUAAUGGUUGCUGGUUUUGCCAAAUGUCCAUUUAUGUAUGUUGGGAACACUUUUAAUUUAAAGUUUAAUAUGGUCUUUAAAUCCAUGUACCUCUCGUAGUAUUUGAUGUUUCUAUGAAUCCUCGUGCACAUCUUUACAAGAGGUCAGAUUUAUUUGUGAGAGUGAAUUACAUCACUUUUAUUUUUACUGUACGAGAUGUCCUAUGAAAUGUAAAUAUGCCUUCAUUUUGCUAUUUUUGUACGCUUCCUCACUUAUGACUGUCAACAUUUUUGACGAUUAAUCUUUUAUCAGAUUAGUUACCUGUUGAUUUCAAAGAAUAAAAU